UCACAUCUUCUUCUUCUCACAGCUACAUACAUACAAGCACAAACCUCAUUCCGUUGCAUAACAGAGAAGGGCUGAGCUGAGUGCAAGUCCCGCCGGCAUUCGGCCGCGAUGGCAUCUCCCGAGGUGGCCGCUCUCGACAAGUCGCUACACGUACUCUCCGAGAGAGAAAUUCUCUUGUCUGGAUUACCAGAUAAUAUCACGACGGCCGUUAGUCAUCUCCAGACAAUCUUGAUCACCUUGAUGGUACUGCAAUCCGGCACGGACAACGACGAGCAAAGCGGCGACCACGGACCUGGCCUCCUAGGUCGAGCUCGAGAUGCUGCGGACUUCGCCGGUAAGUUCCUCCUGGAAGCAUCACGACACUUGAAGUCCCCUAAGGGCCGCCUCGCGAAAAUUCGCGCGCUAGUCCGCUUCACGUCGCUCAGGGCACGCGUGCGCGCCUCGGAAAGAAAGGCCCUCGAUUUGAUCAUUAGAGUCCAUACAUUGUCCACUCACCUGUCCCAAACGCAAGAUCCGCCUCGCCAUGACCUGCUUAUUCUCGAUGAAGACGCUUCAUCGAGGAAUAUGCAUCGAGUGAAAGUAUGUUGGAAUGGGAAAAUUGAGUCGGACAUUGUGGGUCGUGAGGCUGAAGUGCGGAAGCUCCUGGCUCGGUUGACCUUGAAAGAUGGCGAUCAGGAUGCGUUGAGACUUCGCAUCGUUUGGGUGGUGGCAGAGGAACCCAUCGGCAAGACGGCUCUCGUAAGGAGCGUGUACAACAGACCCGAGCUAGAUCAUAGCUUCCAAUGUCGCGUCUGGGUUCAUCUUCCCGAUGAAGUCAACUUGAAAGUCAACUUGAAAGAUCUCUUGGUGAAGAUAGUGAAGCAAACACCUGUGCCAGAACUGAAGGAUCUAGAGCACAAAAGUGAUAAAUACCUGAAGGAGAUGCUUCACAAGUCCUUGAUGGAAUUGAGGUACCUCAUCGUGUUUGACAAUUUGCGUGAGGCCAAGGUGAUGGACGAGCUCAUGACCCUCCUCGCAGACUCGAGGAAUGGAAGCAGAGUCAUCGUCACUACUCGGGAUCCCAAAAUCCCGUCAAUUAUAUACCCUUGGGCUUCUCCUCUAAAGCUGGGCCAAUUAGAUGCUGACCGGAGCGAGCUCUUGUUGAAGGAAUGCGGCUCCAUUAGCGAAGAUCCGGGGCUCAAAGCGAGUAUUCUGAGCAAGUGCAGUGGCUCUCCUCCGAGGAUUUUGCUGCUUGGAGGACUUACGAUGGCGAGCGGUGAUUCUUCGCCUCUCAUGGACCAGCUCGUUGAUGAUCCCACGCUCCAUGAUAUCGUUUCCCUGAGCUACCACAAAUUGCCUUACCUGCUCAAGCCCUGUUUGCUUUACUUGUGCCUCUUUCCCAAAGACUCGGACAUCUCGACAAGGAGGCUCUUCCGGCUAUGGCAAGCUGAAGGAUUGGUCCCAGUGCUCGAGUUCACGGCCAUGAAGUGCUUCGAAGAAUUGGUUGGUCGAAACUUGGUUCAUGUGGUGAGGCGUAGGAAGCGGAGUGAAGAGCCCAAAUCUUGCCGUGUGCCUAGUUUCCUGCACGAUUUCUUGUGCGAGAUGGCAACGCGACUCGGACUACUUCAGAUCCAUUCGGACACCAAGGGAACUAAUCAUGAUGAAGAAUCUAAGCUUGUUAAUGGCUGCUUAUGGAUUGUCAAGCAGAAGAGUGCUGAGACGGGGGAUCAUUCGCACGGCAACAUCCAAUUCCGAUACCUCCGUUCCUACGUAACCUUCAAAACGCAGAAGCAGGGGACUCGUUCAAGGGAAGUGGAAGAGCUGCUUCGGCCAUUGAUUUCAGAGGCAAACUGCGGUCUGCUCAGGGUGCUCGAUCUGGAGGGGACUUACAAGCCGUUGCUCCCAGACGAACUUGGUAAUGUACUGCUGAACUUGAGGUACUUGGGAUUGCGAUGGACGGUCCUCGAUUCUAUCCCUGAUUCACUCAGGAACAUGUCCCGCCUUGAGACAUUGGAUCUGAAGCACACUAACGUUAGGAAAUUGCCGAGUUCGAUUUGGAAGGUGAAGUCCCUCCAGCACCUGUACAUGAACGAGGUGUGCUUUGAUAAGUCCACCAGUGGUGGUAGCUUGAGCAAUCUCCAAACCUUGUGGGGCUUAUACAUUGGAUCUGCUAAGAGUCGCAUGCUCGAUGUGCUUAGUAAAUCGACCGGGCUCGAGAAAUUGGGGCUGACGUGUAAUUCUCCAGUGGUGAAGGAAGUGACCGAGUGCAUUUCGAAUCUAACCAUACUUCGAUCCCUGAAGCUGAGAUCCAGGGAUCUCUUCGGUCAGCCCUCGGAUCUCGACUUGAGCGAUAUUAAGGAACUCAACUCUCUUUCGGACUUGUAUUUGCUCGGGGGCUUACCCAUGCAAGAAAGCUUGACGCUUCUUCCUCGGGACCUGAAAAUCCUUACCUUGUCCAUGUCAGGACUAGUCGAUGAUCCGAUGCUGGUGCUAGGAGAGCUCAAGAGCUUGGAAGUUCUUAACUUAUUUGCAGAAUCCUAUACGGGUAAAAAAUUGGAUUGUCCCUCAGGUUCAUUCCCAAGCCUUCGCGUCCUCAAACUGUGGAUGUUGGAGGAAGUGGAAAAAGUUUAUGUAGGAGACGAAACCACUCUUUGUCGCCUGGAAGAGCUGGAGAUCAAGGAAUGCAGACGCCUAACUUAUAUUGCUUCGUUGGAUCAUAUUGAAUCCCUGAAACAAAUAAUAUUGAUUAAAGUGGAGGAAGAAUUGGCGACGAACAUCAAAGCCAGAUUGAUCCGAAAACUGUUCAUCAAUGGGAAGCAAUUAGGGACCUCUCCUUCUUCCCGAGAAAUAUUCAUCAAAGAGAAGCAAUUGGUACGCCCUCCUCCUCCUUCUGCGCAGGCACCCCAAGAUAAUUGACGAGGAAUGGACGUGAAUCGUGAUCGUUCCUCUUUUCCGGACACUGUCGUACUUUUUUUCUUGAUAUUUAUGGAUGUCAUCGUGUAUUGCAAAUUAUAUUCGAUAUUUAAGUGUUCUAGAAAAGAGAGUGGAGUUCGCAAAAGAUUCUUACUCUGGAUCCCAAUUUUAUAGUAGAAACAUCCUAUGUAAACUUUUAUUUACACAAGCUAUUUUAGAUGCAUACUAUUUAUGAA